CCCUCCACACCCCCGCCCCAGUCCCUCACAUCUUUUCCUUCCAGUCUGCGUCGCCUGUUGUGCGGUUGGCUUUGGUAAAGGUUGGGGGAGGGAUCUCGCGAUUGUUGGGACUUUCUUUUUCGGGGGGUGGGGGGUUAGUUUUUUUGGAAGAUGGCGCCCGUUGUUACGGGGAAGUUUGGGGAGCGACCUCAGCCUCAGCGUUUAACAAGGGAGGCUAUGAGGAAUUACAUGAGGGAAAAAGACGAUCAAACGGUGCUCAUACUGCAUGCAAAAGUUGCGCAGAAGUCGUAUGGCAAUGAAAAAAGAUUUUUCUGUCCUCCGCCAUGUGUGUAUCUGAUGGGCACUGGAUGGCAGAAGAAGCUGGAGAAAAUGGAGAAGGAGGGUUGCACUGAGCAGGAGGCUCAGCCAUGUGCAUUCAUUGGGAUAGGCAACAGUGAGCAAGAGAUGCAGCAACUCCAUCUGGAAGGAAAGAACUUCUGCACAGCCAAGACGCUGUACAUCAGUGACUCGGACAAGAGGAAGCACUUCAUGCUGUCAGUGAAGAUGUUAUAUGGAAACAGCUCCAACAUUGGAGUUUUCCUCAGCAAGAGGAUCAAAGUCAUCUCCAAGCCCUCCAAGAAGAAACAGUCCCUGAAAAAUGCAGACUUGUGUAUAGCAUCUGGGACUAAGGUGGCCUUGUUCAACCGGCUGCGAUCCCAGACUGUCAGUACUCGUUAUCUUCAUGUGGAGGGGGGGAACUUUCAUGCCAGUUCCCAACAGUGGGGCGCCUUCUUCAUCCACCUCUUGGAUGACGAUGAGUCAGAAGGGGAGGAGUUUGCUGUUAGAGAUGGCUACAUUCACUACGGCCAGACGGUAAAAUUGGUCUGUUCUGUUACUGGCAUGGCUCUGCCCAGACUGAUCAUUCGCAAAGUGGACAAACAAGCAACAUUAAUGGAUGCAGAUGACCCCGUGUCCCAGCUCCAUAAGUGUGCCUUCUACCUGAAGGAUACGGACAGGAUGUAUCUCUGUCUUUCACAGGAGAGGAUCAUCCAGUUCCAGGCAACACCAUGCUCCAAAGAGACAAAUAAGGAGAUAAUUAACGAUGGGGCUUCCUGGACCAUCAUUAGCACUGACAAGGCGGAGUACACCUUUUAUGAGGGCAUGGGCCCAGUCCCCACUCCAGUCACGCCCGUCCCCGUGGUGGAAAGUCUGCAGUUAAACGGUGGAGGAGACGUGGCCAUGUUGGAGCUGACCGGACACAACUUCACCCCUAACCUCCGAGUGUGGUUUGGAGAUGUGGAAGCAGAUACCAUGUACAGGUGUGGGGAGAGCGUCCUGUGUGUGGUGCCGGAUAUCUCUGCCUUCAGGGAGGGGUGGCGCUGGGUGCGACAGCCCGUUCAGGUCCCCGUCACACUUGUUCGGAAUGAUGGAAUUAUCUACGCUACGGCCUUGACUUUCACCUACACCCCGGAGCCAGGGCCCCGACCUCACUGCAGUGCUGCCGGCACCAUCCUGCGAUCACAUAGCACGUCUUCAUCAUCACCGGCAUCUUCGUCUUCGCCUUCAUCUUUGUUUAGCGGCCUUGGGGAUAACCACAGGGUCUACAGCAGUAGUGACUCGGGCAUGUCGGUGCUGUCAUAGUGAUCCCUUUUGCUUGUGUGUGUGCUGUGAAUGACUGGAAAAAUGUGCACAAUGACUCCAAAGAAGGUCAUGGACCUGUGAGGGACUGUACAGAAGCCCCAAAGCUCUUCAUUACAUCAACUGUGAAGUCAUGAGCAAUGCUUAAGAGCUUAAAACAACAACAAAAAACAAACCAUUUCAGACUAUCCAGUGAUAAAUAACUCUGUACUUUAGCACCAUCUUGUGGAUGGUCGUGGACAUGCUACGAGUCCCAUCCAGGGGGCCUGAUGUCUAAGCUCUAAGUCAUCUAACUCACAAUGGGAUCUGUAAAAUUUCAUUUUUAUAUACCUGUGUGUAUGAAAGCUAACUUCAGUCUCCUUUUUUUUUUUUUUUUUACCUCUAAGAUCAUAUACUGAGAAACUUGUUGAUUCGACUGUUUUGAACAAGGGAAGAUUUGUAAGAGUAAGUUUUUACGGACCAAGUAAUUUUAUUGUAUUAUUUUAUUCCUAUUAUAUUUUAUAAGCUUCAGACGAGGUACAUCUUGACAUUUUUCAUAUGAUACCGCGUACUUAUUUCAUAUUGUUUUCCAGAAGUUUCACAUUCUUUUUUUUUUUUUUUUUUUUUUUCCUGAGUUAAAGAUGGCUUUUAACAUUUCUCAAAUAGUCUGAGUGCAUCUUCUCAGCUAUUAUCAACUUUUUUUGAAGCAAACUUAUUCCCCUGAAUGAUCUUUUAAAAAUCAAUCAGUCUUUAAUGAGGCACUUUAGAUAAUGAAAACAUUCACAUGUCUGCCUUCAGUUAAAAAGCUUCUAGUUUUAUUGUUUUGGCCCACUGACCGGUUAAUAUGUGCUCAUAUCAAAUAGACAGUGUGUUAGAUCAUUUGUAAUACAAAUCUCAUAUUUUAUUCCCUGUGCUUUUUGUGCACACUCAAGUCCCAACAUACUCAUACACACUGCAGUUUUUCUCACAAAAGUGAAGCCUUAAAACAAAAGUACCAGGGAUUCUGACCAUUAAAACAAGUCCGACACAAAAAAGUGGGUCAGACUGUCUGAUCUGUAAAAUGUAAUUUAUUUCUAUGUAAUAUUCAUAUUGAAGCAUGUAAGUAGACAAUUUAAAGGGCUCUUAGUUUUCUGUUGAGCUCGUCUGUGUUUUGGAAGAAGAGCUUUAAUACUGUAUUUGCCUUGGUUCAGAGCUACUCAGACCGUCUGAGUUCUCAUUUAUGUAAUAUUUUACUGACUCUUGAAUGCAAAUAUAGUAGAAUUUGGUUUAAUGCACCAUUGCAGCUGCUUUUUGAGUUGCUUGUGAUGAGGAACCUCGAGUUGAAUUUUGAUUAAACUUAAAACACACAAAGAAGAUGCUCUUACCAGCACAGCUGAUUAGAGUAUCUACUGCUGUAUGAUUUUCUUCUAAAGUUGUGAUUUACAUCCUGUUUUUUUUUUUGUUGUUGUUUAGUUUUUUUUAGUUGUUAAAUGUUCAGUAAAUGAUUUUAAAUCUUGGCACAGGUAAUAUGUAUAUAGUGGGUAAGGAAAUAACCCUGUAGUGCAGUUUCCUUCUCAAGAUUUUAUGAGAUUUUAUGAAAAAAGGAAUAUGGGAAAAACAUUUUUUUUAUGCAGAUUUGGAUAUUUUAGGUAAUUUCUUUUAAAAACAGAGAAAGGAUGCACUGUUACUGGUUGAAGACUGUGCACUUCUGGAUCACAUUUGUGUGUCUGCUCCACUGAGAAGUACAUUUAUGGUUUGGUAGCUAAAUAUUUACAUAAUAUUCAAGCAGACAUAUUUGUGGCAAACAUCAAGCCCUGUAUGAAAAGUCUAGCAGCACAUUCUCCAUUAAUUCUCAGCAUUUGUCUGGAAUUAUCCCAGCACAUCAUCACUUAUUUUGAUCAGAAAUGUAAACAGCAGGUCAUCACGUUUUUCAUAGUGAUGGACGUACUGUUUACACAUCGAGUCCCAGUCAGGUUUUGCUCAUACUCAUGUACACACAGCAUCUUCCAGCCUGGUGUGAUGCAAAGAUUAGCUGCUUUGAAGUGAAGUUUGAGCUAAAACAACCUCGUCACGUCGUCAUAUUGACAGCUUCACUGCUCUUGUGUUUAUGGAAUAAACUUUCCUCUCGUAUACUCUUUCCUUAAAUAGCAUGAGAGAAGGAUCAUCUUUUCCACGUGGUGUGUUACACUGAAACAGUUUCUUUAGUAAAUCAUCACUUAUUGAGCUUAAAAUAAGCGUAAUACCUUUAAGGUAUCCUGUUAAACGUCAACGUUAAACAGCCUCCGCUAAAAAUGACCACACUUGUAGGAUAUUUAUUCAACUUUUAAAAAAUUUGUUUAAGAUGAAAAGAAAUGCAACACAUUUAAUAACUGAACAUCUUUUGUAAAACAACAAAAGUUGAUAAAAUAGUACUUUUCUUAUGAUCAAGUGUAAGAAGAAAUUAUGGAAUCAUGAACAAUAAAUAAAAAAUAUUAUACACUCACCAUCCACUUUAUUAGUUAUACCUGUCAAAAUGCUUACUAACACAAAUAGCUAAUUAGCCAAUCACAUACCAACAGAAUACAUUUAGACAAGUAGACAUGGCCAGGAUGAGUAGUUGGAGAUGAUAGAAAGGCAACAGGAACCCAAAUAACCACUGGUCCCAACCCAGGUUUGCUAUUACCAUCUCUGAAUGCACCACACAUUGACUCAGAACACCACACUAGGUGCCAUUACUGUCAGUUAAGAUGCUACAGUUCACACACACUCACCAAAAUUGAUAAAUAGAAGACAGAAAAAAUGUCUGAUCUGAUAAGUCUUGAUUUAAGCUGCGACAUUCAGAUGGUCGGGUCAGAAUUUGGUGUGACCAACGUGAAAGCAUGGACCCAUCCAGUAACAGUACAAACUACUGGUUGUGAUGUUAUGGUGUCGGAAAUAUUUUCUUUGGAUAAUUUGGGCAUCUUAGCUCCGAUUAAGCGUCAUUUUAACCCCCCAGCUGAGUAUUGUUACUGACCAUGUCCAUCCCUUUAUGACCACAGUGUAGCAUCUUCUGAUGGCUACUUCUAGCAGGAUAAUGCACCAUGUCACAAAGCUCAUAUCAACAACUGGUUUCUUGAACAUGACAAUGAGUUCACUGCAACAUUUUCCAUUUGUUAAAAUGCUUCAUUGUUAGUUUUUUUCUUUUUUAGUAGAGGAAUGAGACAGAUGUUUUCUCCCGCCUUUGGAUUACCCUUGUAACCUUUGGUGUCAUUUAUGCACGGAUCAGUCAUUAUAUUAUCACCACCAGUGGACCACCAGUCCAGUGCUGGGUAAACUUUCCUCAUGCCACCAAGAUAUUGGAAAUAGAUCCUUGUACUUCCAAUGGCCUCCA